AAAGGUCACCUUCAACAUCAUUUCACCGAGGAUAUAUGUACUACUCCUCGAGUAACGCCUCGCAGCUUAUAUUCUGUGCCCGGUGCUACGCGUAUUCGCAUACGUAUUCCAUCGGUCUAACUGUUCAGUUCCCGUUCUCCAGUACAAAUAUUAAAGAGAGCCUAGGGCUUUGUUCCUGUAUAGUUAAAGUAAAUUGCAAAUAAAAAAAACCACCCACAAUGUCUGUGAAAACUAAGCUGAUGAAGGAAAUUGCCGAGCCGAUGACCUCGUCGGGCAACAAGGUCACCAUCGUCGGUAUCGGUCAAGUCGGUAUGGCAUGUGCCUUCAGUAUCUUGACUCAGAGUGUGUCCAGCGAGGUGGCCCUGAUCGAUGUCAACGCCGACAAGCUGAAGGGUGAGAUGUUGGAUUUGCAGCACGGUUCGGCCUUCAUGAAGAACGCCCAAAUCAAUGCCAGCACAGAUUUCGCCGUUUCGGCCGGAUCCCGACUGAUCGUCAUCACCGCCGGCGUCCGCCAGAAGGAAGGCGAAAGCCGUCUGAACCUAGUCCAGCGCAACUGUGACAUUCUGAAGGGAAUAAUUCCCAAGCUGGUCGAGCAUAGCCCCGACUGUAUCCUGCUAGUCGUCUCCAACCCGGUCGACAUCCUAACCUAUGUGGCAUGGAAGAUCUCCGGACUUCCCAAGAACCGUGUUAUCGGCUCCGGUACCAAUCUCGAUUCGUCCCGCUUCCGCUUCCUGAUGUCCCAGCGGUUGGGAGUUGCCCCAACCUCGUGCCACGGUUGGAUCGUCGGUGAGCACGGUGACAGCUCUGUGCCAGUGUGGUCCGGUGUCAACGUAGCUGGCGUCCGCCUGUCGGAACUCAACCCAGCCAUCGGCACUGUCGACGAUGAAGAGAAGUGGAGUGAUCUGCACUACGAAGUCGUUAACAGCGCUUACGAAGUCAUCAGACUGAAGGGAUACACUUCCUGGGCCAUCGGCCUUAGCGUGGCAUCACUCGCUUCGGCUCUGCUCAGAAAUACUUACAACGUGCAUGCCGUUUCCACUUUGGUUAACGGCGAACAAGGAAUCAACGACGAGGUUUACUUGUCUCUGCCAUGCGUCCUAGGCAGAAAUGGUGUAUCGCACGUCAUUAAGCAGAUCCUGACUGAAGCCGAAAUGAAAAAACUUCAGGAAUCGGCUCGCAUCAUGGCUGAAGUUCAGGCCGGAAUUAAGUUUUAAAUCAAACAUAGCAUUUAACUAUUUAUAACAAUUCUAGUAAAAUUAGGAAACAAUGUGAAGCAAGAAAAACCAACAAGCAGCCAUUGACUAGCUCACUCUUUAGCUUGAUAAGCAUGCACGCCUAAGUCUUUGAUGUUCUCUGCCCGCUCUCAUUUAAAAUAAAGAGGAAUGCAACCACUUAUGUAAACUAUGAUAGAAAGUAUUACAAAACAUAAAUCGGAAAACGUUACAAAUGAGAAUAAAUCUUUCGUUUAUUUUAUGACAUAAAAGUUAA